AGAGGAAAUAUUAUAUCCAAGCACUUGCCCAUUUAUCAACACAAACACAAACUUAUUCAGGCAGUGAAAGAUAAUGUGUUCCUGGUUGUUACUGGUGAAACCGGCAGUGGCAAAACCACGCAACUGCCGCAGUAUUUGUAUCAGGCGGGUUCGUGGAAGGAUGGGAAAAUCGGGGUUACACAGCCGAGGAGAGUAGCAGCAAUCACUGUAGCCCAGAGAGUGUCUCAGGAGAUGGGCUGUAGGUUAGGUGAAGAGGUUGGCUAUCAGGUGCGCUUUGAUGACUGCACAACAAAGGAUACAGUGAUAAAGUACAUGACUGAUGGCUGUAUGUUGAGGGAAAUUCUAGCAGACCCAAAUUUAACACAGUACAGUGUUGUCAUCUUGGAUGAAGCUCACGAGCGGAGCUUAAACACGGAUGUCUUAAUUGGACUAUUGAAAAAGACCUUGUCUGGAGGUAACUCUCAUCACCGUUCAGCCCCUCUGAAAGUGGUGAUUAUGUCAGCAACACUUGAAACAGAAAAACUCAGUGCUUUCUUUGGAAACUGUCCGGUGUUCACAAUACCUGGGAGAACAUUUCCAGUGACGGAGAGAUUCUUUAAUCUUAUUGGACCAAAUGACAAAGAUAGUUCCGUUUAUGUCAAAGAGGUUGUGAAGGUGGCUUUAGAUGUACAUACUAAUGAAGCAUCAGGGGAUAUCCUUGUCUUCUUGACUGGACAAUCUGAGAUUGAGAAAGCCUGUGAUAUGCUGUUUGAGAAGGCUGAAUCCAUAGACUACAGAUAUGAUGUCCAUGACAGAACAGUGGAAGGGCUUCUGGUCCUGCCCCUAUAUGGAUCCAUGCCAACAGAUCAGCAAAGACAGAUAUUCCAGGCUCCUCCAGCAGGUAUUAGGAAAUGUGUUGUGGCCACCAACAUUGCAGCAACAUCUUUAACAAUCAAUGGAAUCAGAUAUGUUGUUGACAGCGGAUUUGUGAAACAAUUAAACCACAAUUCAAGAGUUGGCUUGGACAUCUUAGAGGUUGUACCUAUUUCAAAGAGUGAGGCCCAGCAGAGAGCAGGCAGGGCUGGAAGAACCUGUGCUGGUAAAUGCUUCAGGAUCUACAGUAAGGAGUUCUGGGAUACCUGCAUGCCUGAGUACACCAUUCCAGAGAUCCAGCGGAGCAGCCUCACGUCCGUUAUCCUUACGCUGAAAUGCCUGGGAGUCCAUGACGUGAUCAGGUUUCCCUAUCUGGACCCCCCAGAGGAGAGGUUUAUCUUGAGCGCUUUAAAGCAGCUGUAUCAAUAUGAUGCUAUUGACAGGAGGGGUCAGGUGACCAAGCUGGGAAGACUGAUGGUAGAAUUCCCCCUUCCACCUGGUCUGACCCGUGCCCUGCUGAAAUCUGCUGCCCUGGGCUGUGAGGAGGUGAUGCUCCCAGUAGCAGCCAUGCUCUCUGUGGAGAACAUCUUCAUUCGGCCAGGCCACCCAGAGAAACAAAAGGACGCAGAGUUGAGGCACAGAGAGAUAGCCACUUCUGCAGGCAACUCUAAUGAUUUUCUCAUGCUCUUCAAAGUCUUAGAAAAAUGCAGAGCAAGUGACAAUCCAUCGGUGUGGUGCAAAGAUAACUGGAUCCAUUGGAGGGCAGUAAAGUCAGCAUUCAGCGUGGAAACACAGCUCAGAGAGAUACUUCUCCGCCUUAAACAACAGAGGGAUUUUCCCCUAGAGACGUUUGAAGGCAACAAGAGUGAGCUCCUCAGGCAAUGUCUGUGCCAAGGGUAUUUCACCAAUGUUGCUCGAAGAUCUGUUGGGAAGGCAUUCUGCACCAUGGACGGACAUGGGUCUACAGUUCACAUUCAUCCGUCAUCAUCUCUCUUUGGUCAGGAGAUGCAGCUAGACUGGAUCAUCUUUCAUGACGUACUGGUCACGUCCCGUGUGUACAUCCGCACGGUGUGCCCCAUACGUUACGAGUGGGUCAAAGACCUUUUGCCCAAACUGCAUGAGGUGGAUGCAUAUGAGCUCAGUAGUGUUGCCAGAGAGGAAGUGACGGAUGAAGAGAUGGAAAAAUGGGAAAGGAAAGAAGCAGCUAAAAGACAAACAGACUCCACCGAGGAUGCCUUAAAGAAGCUUGAGAAAAGGAACAAUGAAAGCUCCAUUACAGAUGCCCGCCUGCGAUAUUUGCAGCGAAAACAGAAUCGACAAGGAAAACUUCCAUGAGAAGAAAAACUGGCAAAUGACAAUUAUAUCAUCUUGAACUCAGCACAAUGGACAAUUAAAGGGACCUUAUGACUGUGGAGUUCUGCUG